GUUUGUGCUCAAAACCAUCUUUCAGGGUAUUAACACAUUUUUUUUCUUUCAGCGACAGGGGAUUGGAGAGCCCAGUGUGUACCAUGCAGUGGUGGUUAUUUUCCUGGAAUUUUUUGCCUGGGGGUUACUCACGACCCCUAUGUUAACGGUGUUACACCGGACUUUUCCUCAGCAUACAUUCCUGAUGAAUGGCCUGAUCCAUGGGGUUAAGGGUCUGCUGUCCUUUUUAAGUGCCCCACUGAUUGGUGCUCUCUCUGAUGUCUGGGGCAGGAAGUCCUUUCUUCUCCUCACUGUGUUCUUCACUUGUGCACCAAUACCUCUCAUGAAGAUCAGCCCAUGGUGGUAUUUUGCAGUCAUUUCCAUGUCUGGAGUCUUUGCUGUCACCUUCUCUGUGAUUUUUGCCUAUGUUGCUGAUAUUACACAGGAACAUGAACGCAGUACAGCUUAUGGCUUGGUGUCAGCCACUUUUGCAGCCAGCCUGGUCACAAGUCCAGCAAUUGGUGCAUACCUGUCCCAAACCUAUGGUGACACACUGGUGGUGGUGCUGGCUUCAGGGGUUGCUCUACUGGAUAUUGGCUUCAUUCUGCUAGCUGUACCAGAAUCUCUGCCAGAAGAGAUGCGCCCUGUGUCUUGGGGAGCUCCCAUCUCUUGGGAACAAGCAGAUCCAUUUGCAUCUCUCCGCAAAGUGGGUCAGGAUUCCACUGUGCUUCUCAUCUGCAUUACUGUCUUUCUCUCCUACCUGCCUGAAGCCGGCCAGUACUCCAGUUUCUUUCUGUACCUCCGACAGGUCAUUGGAUUUUCCUCAGAGACUGUGGCAGCCUUUAUUGGUGUGGUUGGAAUCCUCUCCAUAUUGGCUCAGACAGUCGUGUUGGGGAUUCUCAUGCGUUCAAUAGGAAACAAAAAUACCAUCCUCUUGGGCUUAGGCUUCCAGAUUCUACAGCUCGCCUGGUAUGGCUUUGGGUCUCAGCCUUGGAUGAUGUGGGCAGCAGGAGCUGUAGCUGCCAUGUCUAGCAUCACUUUUCCAGCCAUCAGUGCUAUGGUAUCUAGGAAUGCAGAUCCCGACCAGCAGGGUGUGGUUCAGGGGAUGAUCACUGGAAUUCGGGGGCUCUGUAAUGGGCUAGGGCCAGCUCUCUAUGGCUUUGUCUUCUAUCUGUUCCAUGUGGAAUUGAAUGAAAUGGCUGAAGUAGAAACCCUGGGUAAGGCCACGAAGGUCAUGGUCAACCCUACUGAUGAGAGUAGCAUUAUCCCGGGGCCCCCUUUCCUCUUUGGAGCAUGCUCGGUCCUGCUGUCGCUCCUAGUGGCCUUGUUCAUUCCGGAACACAAUCUUGCAUUGAGAUCGGGCAGCCAUAAGAAACACAGCAAUGGAGCCCAGACCCACACCCACAGCCCACAGGCUGGAGGAUCAGAUGGCAAGGAGCCCCUACUGGAGGACAGUAGUGUAUGAGUAUGGAGGGGAGAACGUGAAUCUCUUGCAUUUCAGCUCCAAGCCAAGGAUGGACUGUAUCGACUGGAGUUGGGGUGAGAAUCGGGGGACAUAAUGGACUGUGCCACUAACAGCUAAUGAGGGAGGGAAAAAUUGUCCUUCAAAGCCAAAUACAUCCAGAUGGUGCAAAAAAAUAAUGAGAUUGUACCAUUUGGUGCUGAAGGAAGAAGAGAGACUGCACCAUGUGAAGGAAUAGUUCUUAAGGAAAACCUGCUUUUGUAUGUGAAUGGUGAACUUCAGUGUCACCUGCCAUAUAUUCAUCUGCCAAUGAAAGUGAGGAGCCAGAAUUCUAUCCCUCUUUUUUCAUAUACACUGAAUGAGCUGACAGCGAGAGAACCGAGGCAUCAGUUACAUGUCUUUUUCCCCCAAUAUAAUCAGUGCUAGCCUCUGGCCUGCCUGUACUUGAUAGGCUAAACUACUUCAGGCUGAGGACUGGGCAGGUAUAGAAAUCGCAGCCCAAGCCUGUAUAUUCAGCUCAUCUUGAAAAUACAAGAUGGUCUGGUACACGAAUACAGAAUAAUGAGUGUGUAGAAUAGACUAGUCAGUCUGCAUCUGAAUAUAUUCUUACUACUUGAGGGUCUGAUGAAUUUGCCUAUUCCAGCCCAUAUAAUAAAUCAGGCAAUUGUGUUUUAGCACUGUUCUAAAAGAGGUGGCAAAAGUAAAGGUUCAGCUGUCACUCUGCCCUUAACUCACACAGGAGUGUCGAGGUGGUGAAAAGGCAGUUGUGAGUUAUGAACUCAGUAAGCUUGAAUUUCCUGUUUUGGAACAACUACAGUUACUUGUAGCAUUUUGUCUGCAGUUCCCUCUUCUGGAAGUGGAUUGAGAGGUUUCCAAAGAAACCUUUCAUGGAACUGGAAGAUUAGAAAACGUACUUCUCAGAGUUCAGAGAAAUGGCGUCAUCCCUGUUAUGCCCUUUUAUAAAACCAUAUUAGUUCCCCUAGACUGCUGCUAUCUGAUAAUGGCUGUCUAGAAGUCACAGCUCAGCCAUUCUGCUCAAUCCAUCAGUCUGAAAGGCUGCAGCACAAACACUUACAUUAUAGUGGACUAUAGAUUUGAAUUCCACUUGGCAUUUCUGGACCGUCUACCGGGGACAGCCAUCUUACUGAAAAAUGACAUCUUGGUGUCCUCCGCUCUAGGGUUGAGUUAAUUUAGAGACGAGCAGUGAAGCCAAGCAAAGGCUCAGAUACUGAGUAGUGUGGGAAUAAUCAAGAGAAACGUGCAUGUUUGUUUGAGGGUUGCUUAGUGAUAUACAGAUAGAUAAGGGGGCAUUCAGAGGAGCAGAAACAAUUGUUCGCAUCAGUCUGGGAGAUCAGUCAGAAGAAAUAGGCUUAAGCACUUACAGGGAAAAUGUAAAUCAAAUAGGAGGAGAAACCAGUAAGCCAGUGGACACAAAAGCAAUAGAGCUAAUGAAAGGGGCUGUGGAUUCCUCCACUGGAAAUAGUCGAGGCUUGAACUAGAGCAGAUGUGAUGUGGUAAAUCAUUGUUCUAUGAAGGGAAGUCUUCUGUCCAGUGGCUGUGGUUUGGGUUAGUUUACAGCUGGCACAGAUUUGUAGUAGGUAACUUAGCUCCCCAUUCAUUGGGAACUGGAAAUCACAGCUAACCUGCUAAGGGCAUAACUGCUAGGAUGUUGGUGUCACAAAUCAAACUUGCAGCAAGGCUCAGACGUGCCAUUUACUUCUAAAUGAAUUUUAAAGCUGGUGAGACAUGCCAGAUGGGCAGCCCUGGCAACUGAAGUCCUCUGACCCCACACAGAUACAGUACGGGGAACGUCUCUACUUAGCCCCGCUAGUGUACCUCACCCUGUCCUGGAGGGACUGCUGCUAGGGAGGUGGGGAGUUCAGGUUCCAGAGCUUAUUCGCUUUAUGGCCUCUUGUGAGGCUACCAAUGUGGGACCAGUUAAUGUCAAUGGUGUCAACAGUUUGAUGUGGACUGAGCUCUACAAAACAAAAUUCAUGCGAUUGAAUAGCUGUUGGUCAGUAACAGCUCAGAGUCACUGUUCCCCUAGACAGGGUUAGAGCUAGUGACCUAGUAUUCAUUCUCCUGAUUUAGCCACUGUAAGAAAUGGCAAUGUUAAUUGUGAAUUGUAUCACCCAAGGCUCCAAUCCUGCAGCUGGAUCCAUCCUCUUAUGUUGUGCAAAGACUAGUGAACUUAGAGGAACAAUAUACGGAAGCAAGAGUUUGCCCACAUGAAUCCGAUUGCAGGGUUAGGGAAUAAACUAGCAGAAAGCUUCCCUGAACAUGAUGGCUCCAGUUUUCUCAAGGCUUAUCUUGGCGGUGCCUCAAGAGUCUCCUAAUCACAAUCAGGAAGAUCUGGUACUGUCCAUGCACAGCAAAACCAGGUCUUACAGGAAAUCACCCCAUUUAAAUUCCUUCGCUUCCCCCCCCCCCAUCUAAAAAAUCCUCACUCUGAAGUAUAGUGAAGCUACAGAUUUCUUUUUAAAAAAAAAAUUGAGGACAAGGUAAAACUACUGCCCAUUCAUACAUUUUGUUUUAAAAUUGGCUGAGGUGCUUUUCUCCCCCCACAUAAAAAUGAAAGUAACACUGGUCAUACUGAGGCACUGAGGGAAAAUAUAAUUGAUGAAACACCACAAAAUAAACUGUAAACUUAAUAUAUAUUAUAAAUUAUAUAUUUUUAAAAAAAUAUUUCCCUUUAUUUAAUAGCUUAUUAAAACUGACAUGUUCUGAAUCUAAUUUCCUUUUAACUAUAAUUGCUGCCUGUGACUUUUUAUUGAUCCUUCACUCGAUUUAAAUAGGGAAACUGCUCUGGCUAGUUCCACUUCUUGGUCCUUAGUAGCACAAUGUUGUGAUGAUUUGAGUUUUCAGCACUGCAGCAAAGCACUUACAUUCCUCCAGAGUCUGUACUGACAAAUUCAAUACAUUUUUAUAACUGAGUAUGUAACAACAUAUAAUACUAAAUCUUGGACCCAAAUGAUAUGUUACUUCAAACUAUAUUUCUUGGCCUAAAUCUGUCUGUUUACAAGCAAAUCCCUGAAGCAACUAGUUUCGAAGGCUUGGUCUAAAAUUGAAAAUGGUACCAGUAUAACUAUUGUCAUUGUGGGGCACAGCUGUACUGCUAUAAAAGUGCUGUGCUGUUAUAAUUUCCCUUUCUGUAUGGGGAGAAAUCACUGUGGCAUAGUUAAAUCCAGUCUUGUCUACACAAGUCCAAAGUGGCAAUGCUGCUGAAUUAUACACUCUGGAAGCUUGAAUGCAGCCUAGUGGCAGGGAUAUUUGAAUUUCAUGGAAGACUCCAUUAAUUAUUAAAAGUGCAGCAGAUAGAAAUUUGUUUGAAAAUCCUUUAAAAUUACACCUACCUUGUCAGGAAACUGGGGAUGGUUUAACUUCACCCACAGACUCCUUCCCCUGGACAUGUAGGGAGAUGAUCCCCUAGUCUGCCUUUUGACUGAGAAGGAUUUGGCCAGCCUGUAAAGGAGCUAGAAUUACAGGACCCAAAUGAAGAAUGUUGUUAUUCUGAAGGGCCGAUAAUUCUGUCGCACUCCCCAUAGAAACUGGAAAAAUCUGUAGAGAACAUUCAUUUUUCAACUAGUUUUCUCAAUUUUGUUACUUUAUAUGAAAAGCUGCAUAUUUUUAAAAGUACCUUUUUAAAAAAAAAAAAACCCCUGCAGCGUGAUCCCAGACACUGGCUGUCCAGCAUCACUGUUUCCCAAGUUUGUCAGCUUAUUGUCAUAAAACACAUGAGUAACAGUGGUGAAACUCAAUUGUGGCUGAAAACCUUUCACUUCAGUGCCCCUGCUGGUUAAGGGAAAGGUGGCCUUUUGCAGCUCCUGCAUUGAUGCAGGGGUUUGAAUUUAAAAACUGAUUUUGUUGGGUUAAAAUGCAUUAGAACCAGUACCUUCCCACUCUGCUUUAGUUUUACAAAUUAGAAACAAAAACACUACUAUUUCAUUCUGUCUUUCUCUGCACUGGAUGGCUGCAAAUGUUCUUGAUGAUCAGGCAUGUGGAACAGCAAGUUUUAAUAAAGAAUGGCAGCACCUCCACUUUUUAAAUGAAUGGAGUUUGCUAUUGUGUGUGACUUUGGUUUGUGUUCUUAGCUACUGAAGAAAUGUAUUUUGUUUAUUUCAAUUGUGUUUAGAGCUGGCUAAUCUCUCCCACUCAUGGGUUAUUUAUUAAACUGCUACUUUCCUGUUGCAGUAAAA